UCAAUUGCGAUAGCAUAAAGCAUAUCUUGAGCCAAGAAAGGAUCUGGAAAAAGAGAAAAAGAGAUGCAUCUAUGGCCAUCGAAGAAUCUGAGAGAUUCCUUCAAGCUCUCAUACAUAAAGAGGCUCGAAUGGAACCACCACAGAAUGCAACAACAGAAGCAGCAGCAGAAGCAGAAGCUUUUGGAUGAUGAGGAUCAGCAGCAGGUGCAGGUGGAGGUGGAGGUGGAGGGUGACUCAGCAUCCCAAAACGACGGCGUUUCCUUUGCUUCCAUGUGCCAAGACCUCAUCUUGCUCCUCUCUUGCUGCUACUGUUGCUUCUGCUGCGGUGCAUGCGUUGAAGAGAAAUAAGCAGUUACUCCUUGCUGGCCUUCUAUUUGUUCAAAGUACAGGGACCCAAUUCUUGAAGCGUCUUGUUGGUUUUCUUGUAAUAUUCAGAUUACAUCAUACCAUACACUAUACAGUGUACUAAAUACAUAAUUGUGGUGUGACAAACUUGUAAAUAAUGGGAUAAGAUUUUGUCGUCGUUGUUGUAGCAA